AGUCAACGGGUGGGAAUACAAUGGCGUCCGCAAAGAACACAUCCACAAGCGUUGGACCAUCUGCCCCCGGGGAGGGACGACCUGUACAGCAACCUACUGCUCAGUAGAUGCACACAAAUGGAGCACCAUGGUUUUUGGAUUUCGUUGUUCAGGGGGACUUUUUUGGGCCAGCUGUUUUCAUGCGACCCACUUGCGUGACAGACGCUGGGGGAGUUGUCAACGUUGUUCCUCUCGGUACCGUCGUCUCGUGCACAAAGACUCCUGGAGGUUUGCUCAAGCUGCACACUAACGGCGUGUACGACGAGUGCAGACUGCCUAUUAGAGGUGUUAAAGGUGUGCUGGUGACCAUCAAGAGUUUCGCGGGGUUUGGCUCGAAAAUGCCGUUGUGCUCUCACUUCAAAGGCCUUUACGAUGGCGGCAGCAAGCGUCUUCCAUCGCCAGAGCAAUAUCUCGAUCUCGCACUGAUGGUGCCGAAAGAACGUCCGGUUCUUCCGCCAGAGCAUGUUUUCCGGCUUCUACCACCCCGUGAGGGGGCGUCCGGCUUGGCACAAGAAACUCCAGGUACGGCAGUGGGGCGAGAGAGUCCGAUUCAAGACGUUGGGGGUCAGGUUAAGGGACGCAGCGUUCACACGCAGGUCGGCCCGGAUGCUCCUAGGAACACAUCGGACUUCCAUUCUCAGGGUACAGGGACUCAACGGGUCGGUACUCCGAAACUUAUCAAGGUCCGCUGCGGCGCCGACACGUAUUCGCUUCGAGAUGAGACGAGAAGAGAUUCAAGUAGAUCGGGGCUAGAUGUUGGAUGGAAUGAGGCUGAAGGGAUGGGUGCUGUCCGCGAAAGCUCUGGCGGGGAGCAGACUCCUUCGGAGAAGAAGAGCGAGCGACAGAGGAUGGUGCGACAGGAGGUGGCGGAAGGAACCCUCCGCAUGAAGAGGAUGAGAGGAAAACCGGAGGCGUUGAUGGGCGGGGAUGGAGGUGGCGACGGAGAACGUGCCUCGGGAAAGAAGCCGACGAAGGAAGAGGGUGGGAUGGCAAGUAAGAAAGCGAGGAGGCCUGACGGUUUGACCAUCCGCAAAGGACAAGCCGCGGGUGGAGGAGAUUCGGUUGAUCCAAGCGCUGAGGCCGCGAGAGAACCUUCGGGGAAAUCGAAACGGAAAGUGGCAGUUGAAGAAGGCGAUGGCCAGAAGAAACCUCGAAGGCGGAAGACUGCUGAGGCGGCGAGUGGUGGCGAAGGGCCUGUCGGUCAGGAGUGCAACAAAGCGGCAGUGUUCUGGCUCGAAUACGAGCGGAACGAUGUCGGUGAAAUCGUGGAGAAGGAGCUCCCCGUCCAGCUGCUCAUCGACCCCAGGAAAGUCUGCAACAUCCCGCCUUGGGAAAGAUAUUACAACCACCACAGUCUAAGUCGCGAAACUGUGGACGACAUCAAGGAUGCGAUGCUGUGUCAAUUCCGCGAGAAGAAGAUCUGGACGAGAAACCCUCUUGUUUUGGCACCCAUCUACAAGCCGGUGACGCGUAGGCUGGAGCAAGCUGACAGGGUUCACAAAGAUGUCUUCAAGCCAGAGGACAAGAACAAGUACUACUAUUACCCUGUUAACGGACAACACACCGUGGCUGCUGUGAAGGAGUUGGAGGCGAGAGUAGUGUGGUUCUCCGACCGAGAUUUCGCGGAGUAUAGGCAGGUCAGUCUCAACGAAAACACGAGACACAAGAUGUCUAAGCAGCGAUCGCAGAAGGCCGCGUUCUUGGACAUGCGGGAGGCAUGGGAGAACGAAGGAAGGCCGAUGGCCAUUCAAGGGAACCCUUCCGGCAAGGAGGCCGAAAAACAAAAGUUUUUCGAUUUCCAAAAGCUGAUUUUGGGAAAGAGUCCGAACGAAUCUCACUGGGCGUUGUCAAAAAAAGAUUUGCCGCUCACCGACAAGGAGUAUGUCGCUGCCGUUGGCAAUGCAUUGAGGCAGUGGAUGCCGCUCGUGACGGGCGGUGAUGAUGUUUUCCUUAGAGCCAUGGAGUUCUACGCGAAAUGGGCGGAAGGGAAGUUGUUGGGCGGCGACGCCAAGACGCCAUUGUCGAGGCCGGGCAAAUACAUGCCAGACAAAUCUCCGGGUCUGCAAGCAAUUUCGGAAAUGGGCUUGAAAGGGGCGGCUGGUGAAACGAAGAUGGGGUGGCUGUCUCUCACCGACAUGACCGAUGUCGAGAAACUAUCGAUCCUCGACGACAUUCUCGCACUACGGGGAGUGUUCGUGCAAUCCGCGGGCGGCCAUCUGAAGCGUCAGCAUAAACCUGGAAUUAAAGACAUGGUCGCGACAAGGAAAGUGGACCGUGUGAUGCUCCGUAUGUUCCACUACAUCUUGUUCCUUGAAACGGAGGAGGACGAACGUGUUUGGCACCACGAGAGCCUAUUUUUUCAGACCGAGGGGAAGCUUCUGGAGGAGUUCGGGCCGCAGGGCCUCACGAAACAGAUGUGGGUCAAAAUGCGAAAGCAUUUCCAGGGCGCGGUGGAGUACGUGAACACUUGCAAACGUACUCUUCCGCGCGAGAAGAAGUCCCUCGACGACGCGAAGAAAUUGUACGAGGAUGACAGGUUCCCUAAAUCUUUCGAAAAGUCUGUCCGUUCCAUCUUGCGACGGACGGAAGAAGAAGUUCGAGACACGAUCAGGGUCAGCGGGAAUGUGAGGCACAUCAAAUGGCCCAACCUCAACCGGGUGACCAGCCUUAUUCCUUUCGCUUUCCCGCCUUCCCAAGCUCACAGUCAUGUCACUGCGAUCCGUGAGGUUGUGCAACAUUACGUGUGCAACCUAUACGUCCUCGAUUUGUGUGAUCCCACACUCCUCACAGAUUGGCGAGAAGACGAUUUCGCCAACUUGCAAGGCCUUCUACAAACACUUUCGCCAACGCACUGGGCACUUGUGAUCUUUUUCCCCUCUCGUUGGGAGCUCAGUUUCUUGAAAGGCAUGGCCAGGCUUAGCGUCCAUCACGUCAAGACAGGGAAGUGGGUACGUAAUGCACAAAAGCAGGCCACUGUCCGGGAAGGCAAUAUGCUGGUUGAGGAGUGUGACCGCCUGUACGUGGUUUUUAAUGGCGAGAAGCUGGAAGACAACACAUUCGCAGUCUACCCAGCCAGUAGCCCGACAAAGGCUUCCUGUGCUCAUGGUCCAAUUCCGGCUAAACACACGGUGGCGGGCCCAUCAGGACAGGCUGUGGCGUGUUUCGACGUGGCGGAAGAGGAAAGGUUCUCUCGUAGCAUGGGGGAGGACGGCGGCGUGACAAGUUCUCAAGGACCUGCUUACGGGGAGAUGGAGCGGAACCCGUCCCGUCUACUUGAUCUACUCGAAAACUUUUGCAAAGUUGGUCAAGCUGUUAUUUUCUUUGGGAGGGCGCAUGCGUCUGUCGUGUGGGAACUCCUGCGCACCGGUCGGAACGUCGUCGCGUUGGAGAAGGAGGCGAAGAUGAUCGAUUACCUUCACGAGUUCGUGAAGGCACGCGUUGCAGACACUCGCAAUGCUUGCCAGUUUGCAAGGUCCACCGGCGAACGGAACUGGGAUCCCAAACGUGACAUGUAUUGAAAAUUGCCGGGAAACAAAAGGACAGACGUUUG